GCUGGAGGCCGUAGGGAGGCCAAAAUGACCUGGGACCCUCGACGAAAUCCCAACUUGACUCUGGACCAUCCAACGUCUGGCUCUGGGGGCAAUUACCGCGCACAAUAUGGCAUGCGAUUCGACCGCAUGUACGCCGGCGGCAGUGGUCUUUCGCCUCUGGACUUCGAACUACGUGGUCUCGAACGAGUGCCCGGUCGGACUCACUUCCCCUCCGAUCAUUGGGCCAUCCUGGGACACUUUGACCUCGUCUAG